GUUGGUGUCUUCCCGUCCCUUGUUUUUCCGGUCCGACCUUUUUCUCCCUCCGCCCCGGUGUCUUUUCUGCUUUCUGGCCCACGUGUGAAAUAAAGGUUAAUUUGACGUUAAAAUUAUCAGUUUAACUUCGGACCAAAUGGCUUUAACCUUCGAGCAGAUGAGGGCGAACGUGGGGAAACUCCUGCGAGGAAUCGAUAGGUACAACCCAGAGAACCUGACCACGCUGGAGCGCUACGUGGAGACGCAAGCUCGGGAAAACGCCUACGAUCUGGAGGCAAACCUGGCUGUGCUGAAGCUGUACCAGUUUAAUCCAGCUUACUUCCAGACUACAGUGACCUCACAGGUUCUGCUCAAGGCUCUGACCAACCUGCCACACACCGACUUCACCCUCUGCAAGUGUAUGAUCGACCAAACACACCAGCAGGAGGAGCGACCCAUCAGACAGAUCCUCUACCUGGGGAACCUGCUGGAAACCUGCCACUUCCAGAGCUUCUGGACAAGUCUGGAGGAGAACAGAGAGCUCAUCGACGGCAUCACUGGUUUCGAGGACUCAGUUCGGAAAUUCAUCUGUCAUGUUGUGGGAAUCACCUACCAGACCAUCGACCGGCAGCUGCUGGCUGAGAUGCUGGGAGACCCACUGGACACGCAGCUGAAGGUGUGGCUGAAUAAAUUUAGCUGGACGGAGAACGAGGACGGCCAGAUCUUCGUCUACAACCAGGAGGAGAGCAUCAAGCCCAAAAACAUCGUGGAGAAGAUCGACUUCGAGAGUGUUUCCAGCAUCAUGGCAACGUCUCAGUGACGAAAGCAGAGCCAACUUUUGUUUUCAGGAUUGCUAAAAUAUUAAAAUAAAGAUUAAAUACAUAAUG